ACAUAUAUUUACAUAUAUUCCGCACAGAGUUAUAUUAAAUAAUAAAUAAAUGUAAAUAAAACAGUACACUGUUGUAAAUUAGAAAAUACUUUAAUACAAAUAAGUUACGUUUACAAAAUUUGAUUUAGUGUACUAUCUAUAUAAAUGAUUUAUUUAAAUAACAAAAAUUAAAUACACGUCAUAUGUCAUACUAAAAAUGAAAAGUUUAUCUCCCGAAUCUUUUGUAUUUAAAAAAUAUACACAAAUGAUUUAUAUAUUUAGCUGAUUAACGUAAUUGAAUGUCUAUAAGCAUUCAUGAAAAUGAAUUUAAAAAAUUUUUAGAGGAUUCAUAACAGACUUCGUAGAGAGGUUAUAAUUUCAUUGUUGUUUGACAUAUACCAUUAUUUUUAUAAUUCUUAUAAUAUAUUGUAUGUCAUGGAUGUGAAUACUUUGCAAAAAUUUGAAUUUAAUUAAACGAUACAUAAAUAUUUUUGUGAAAAAAAAUAGAAUAAGUAGAAAUGUACAUAUGUCGUAAUGACGAUACGGACAAGGAUUUCCAUAGGAUACUCAUGAGCAACUUCAUAAGGACUGUAAUAUUUAAAAAGAUUAUAAAACAACUACAAAAUAUAGACAAUGCAUGUCAAUAUAAGAUUAUGUCUAAUUUGCGUAUCACAUUUAAUAAGGAGAUUGAUACAUAUACCUUUGUACUUCCUUUAAAAUCAAAAGAUUAUAAUUUAACAAAUAAAGUGAAAGAUAUUACAGAUAAUGAUUUAAAGGGUGAUUUUGAUAAUAUUACAGUCCAAGAUAAUACUAUACACUUCAAUGUGCUAAGAGAUAAGUAUAUAAAGCAAAUUUUAGAAAGCAAUCUUUCUGGUGUUAGACCACCACUUGUGGAUAUUAAUAAGAACAUUAUAGUAGAAUUUAGUUCACCGAACAUUGCCAAACCCUUUCACAUAGGACACCUACGUUCUACAAUUAUAGGAAACUGCAUUGCUAAUUUAAAUAGUUUCUGCCAAAAUCAAGUUACAAAGAUAAAUUAUUUAGGUGAUUGGGGUACACAGUUUGGUUAUGUUUAUAUAGGAAUGAAAAUGGCAAAUAUUGAUAAUAUAGAAAUGCAAACAGAUCCCAUUAAAACAUUGUACACAGCUUAUGUUAAUGCUAAUAAAUUAGCUAAAGAUGAUCCAAGUAUAAAUGAGAGUGCUAAGGAAAUAUUUAGACAAUUAGAAUUAGAAGAUAAUGAAGUUUAUAAAAAUUGGGAAUCAAUCAAACACUUUACUGUCUUAGAAUUGGAAAGAACAUACAAAAGAAUAGGUGUAACAUUUGAUAGAUAUGAUUGGGAAUCUAUGUAUACAGCUAAAAAAAUAAAUAAGAUAAUUGAUAAGAUGGGAGAAAUGCAGCUGUUAAAAUUAGAUAAUGAAAAUAGGAAAGUAAUGCCUUUGAGCGAAGAAAAAAGUGUUCCUAUUAUAAAAAGUGAUGGUACAAGUUUAUAUAUAAGUAGAGAUAUUGCUGCUGCUAUUGAUAGAUUUGAGAGAAACAAAUUUGAUGCUAUGUAUUACAUUGUAGAAAAUGGUCAAACUGACCAUUUUACUAAUUUAAUCCAAAUUUUAAAUAAAAUGAAUUUACCUUGGGUAAAUAGAUUAAAACAUGUUAAGUUUGGAAGAGUACAUGGUAUGAGCACACGACAAGGUACAGUGGUAUUUUUAGAAGAUAUUUUAAACAAAGCAAAGGAAAUUAUGAAACAAAAACAAUUGGAUGCAAAGACAACUAAAAUUCCGUUGGAUAAAAUAGAUGAGACUUCUGAUAUAUUGGGUGUUUCUGGUGUAAUUAUUCAAGAUUUAAAACAAGGUAGAAUGAACAGUUACGAGUUUGAUUGGAAUUUAAUGCUUGAUAUGAAAGGUAAUUCUGGAAUAAAAUUGCAAUAUGCUCAUUGCCGUUUAUGCAGUUUGGAAGAGUUAUCUGGUGCUACAUUAGCAAAAGAGUGUGAUUCAAGUCUUUUAAAAGAAACAGAAGUUGAUCAAUUAAUUGUACUAAUUAGUCAAUUUGAUGAAGUUGUACUUAAAUCCUAUGAAGAAUUAGAACCAUGUGUAUUAACAAUUUAUCUUUUCCAUUUAUGUAAAGCUAUCAAUAUAGCUUGGCGCAAAUUGAGUGUAAAACACCAAUCAAAUGACUUAGGAAACCAAAGAUUAUUAUUAUUUCAUAUAGCAAGAAUUACUCUUGCCCAAGGUAUGAAAUUACUCGGCUUAACACCUCUUGAAAAAAUGUAAAUGGAAAAAUAAAACUUUUAUACAAAAUGAAAAUGUUAUAUAAUACAAUUAAUUUAAUAAAUUUAAACGUCAUGGUCA